AUUUCCAGGAUGAAUUUCAGAGUCUUGCCAAUGAUUCUGCUUGCGGCCUUUCAGUAGGACAGAGACCUGAUGACACAAUGGUUGUUGGUGCUGCUUAUGAUGGAUGCUACGUAAGAGAAGAGGUAAGACUGACAACACUGACUUCAGAUUUUGAUGCUGUCCUUGUCUUCAUCACAAUCAUGUAUAUGGAGUCUAAUGGUCCUGAAAGGAUCAUGAAACAUGAUCUUGGCUAUGGAGCUUACUAUGCUGAAGAAGAGUAUCCUCUGGUCAGAGUGCUCAGGGAACCGGUCUACCUGGAGGUCCGCAUCAUCCGUAGAACAGACCCAAACCUGAUCCUAGUCUUAAAUGACUGCUGGGCCACCAACUCUGCUGAUCCUACACUCCUUCCUCAGUGGCCCAUCUUGUAUGACAGUUGCCCUUUUUCUGGAGACAAUUAUGUGAGCAGCCUGAUUCCUGUUGGAGCUCCUUCACCGGCUAUACCUCUACCAAACUACUACAAGCGCUUCCUUGUCAACACCUUCACAUUUGUAGACCCCAACUCCCAGCUUGCCCUUGGAGGCCUGGUCUACUUUCACUGCAGUGCUUCCGUCUGUGUGCCAUCUAACAUGGACAGCUGUGUGGUCUCUUGUGGUGGAAGGAGAAGGAGAAUGGCUGAAGAGCAGGAGCUGUUGUCUCUGAAGAACACGGUGACAUCUGAAGGACCUGUUGCCUUUGUUUCUGUGGAUGAUAAAGAAAUGCUAAAACUGGAAGGUGCUGAUCCCUCGCAGUACUCCACUCUGGACCUGGCUAGAGCACUAGUGACUGCUGGAGUUAUUGGCUUGGUGGCUGUCACUGUU